AUGGAAAGCGCACGACCAUUUUCACCUAGCUCCACUGCACAGGAGGCGGACCACCGCCCUAGCAGACCAGACACAUCGUCUGAUAUGUCUAGCACAUCCCCUGCUAAUUCUGCCUCCCACGACACUCGCCUCAAGGCAGACGUCCCCGACGACGAGCGAGCACGUUCAAGCUCCCCCCGUGCCAAAUCUCCCCACCUUGACAUUGCUAAUUUUCCAUCUGUGGAGCUCCUGCGGAUACUAGCGGCGUUGCUCCAGCAUAUUGCUACCUCCAAUGACCAGCUGAGACCCCUAAGCCAUGAGGCGGUCCAAGAGCGCGCACAACACCAACAGGAACAAAGUUCCAUACCUUCCUUUAUGUACCUUCCCUUGAACGACCCGAACCGACCCACGACCACCACAGCGGCCCUCGCUACACUUAAUACACCGAGCAGCACGUUGUGCUUUCACGCAAGGCACAUCCCAAGCAUCAGUAUCGAGGCAUACUUGCUCCGCAUCUUGAAAUACUGCCCUACGACCAAUGACGUCUUUCUCAGUCUCUUGGUGUACUUUGAUCGGCUGAGCCGCGUAGGAGCACUAGGUCAUUUCCCUGGCGAACCUCCACUGGGUUCCUACGAUGCACCUAACGGUGCUUCCAUGAACCAAGGAGCCCUGUCGCCUAUAUCUACGCCGUGGUCAAGCAACUAUGCCGUCUCUCGAGGAACACCUUCAGAAACAAACGAACCGGCACCACAGGGACACGGUUUCCCGGGCAUCAGUGGCUUUGCGAUUGACAGUUACAAUGUCCAUCGAUUAGUUAUCGCAGGGAUCACUGUUGCCAGCAAAUUCCUCAGCGAUGUCUUUUACACCAACGCAAGAUACGCCAAGGUCGGGGGUCUCGCCGUGCACGAACUUAAUCAACUGGAGCUCCAUUUCCUUCUUCUGACUGACUUUCGACUAACCAUUCCACUGUCUGAAAUCCAGCAAUACGGAGACCAGUUAUUGGCAUAUGCCCAGGAACGGACUAUCAGUGCCAACGUGCCCCGUCCUCUACCCGAUGCAAAUGACGAUGCCAACAAAGAUCAUUAA